GGGGGAAAGGAAAGGAAAGGAAGAGGGGGAGUGCAAAGAUACAGAGAGGCUGACAGAAGGAAUGAGAAAGGACAUUUCAGAAUCCGACAUUGAUGCCAUGGACAGAGGAUGAAGUGAAAGGGCACAGACACCAUCAUGUACAACCAGAACCGCUAUGACAGCCCCCCAGUCUACAGCCCACCCAGCAACUAUUACCAGCAGAAAAGCUAUGGUCCUGGAUCUAAUGCCUACCCUAUCCAGUCCCCACAUCCUAACUCCUUUUACCUUGAAGAUGUUCCCCCACAACAUUUUUACAAAUGGAACUCUCCCCCUGGGAUAGUCCGCAUCCUGCAAGCCAUUAAUAUUUUCCUCUGUGUGGCAAUCUUUGCCUGCGUGGCUUCUACUCUUGCCUGGGAAUACAACUAUGGAGGUUUAGGGGGUAUUGGUGGCAUGUAUGGCGGAGGUAUGAUGGGUGGCUAUGGCAGCUAUGGCUAUGGUAGCUAUGGUUAUGGCUCUGGAAUGACAAAUCCUCAGGCUGCCAGCGGUUUCAUGAUGGCUAUGGCAGUGCUGACAUUUGCGGCCACCUUGGGCCUAUUUAUUAUGAGCGUUUCUAAAUCCAGUAGUUCUCGAUCGCGGAGAUUUUUCUUGGCUGUGCUAGUGAUGAGUGCAAUUCUGGCCACCUUGGACCUUAUUGCCACCAUUGUCUAUAUAGUUGGUGUGAACCCAAGGGCCCAAAUGGGUGGUAGUAUGUACUACAGCCAGAUCAUGAUGCUGUGUAAUCAGGUCUACUCUCCUGUGUCUGGUGGAGCAGGAUUUGUCAAUCAGUAUCUGUACCAUUACUGCAUGGUGGACCCACAAGAGGCUAUUGCUAUUGUGUGUGGUUUUGCUAUAGUCAUCCUGCUAUGUGUCACAUCUUUUUUCGCUCAGAGGACAAGGCGAAAGAUAUGGCGCUAUGGGGAGCCAAAUAUUUUAUGGAGCAAGCCCUUUGCGCCAAUCCAAGAGGGACCCAAUGUGGAAGAAUGGGUAAAGAGUGUCCCAGAGGGCCCCCCUGAUGAUACAGCCACUCUGAUUUACUCGGAUAAGCCACAGAGUCCAGUAAGAGCUUUAAGUAACAACAGCAUUUACAAGCCGCCCCAGGAGGAUUUUGUCCAGAAAACAGAGGCUCCCAUCAACAACAGUUCUCCUGUACCAGAUAGUGAGUAUCAAGAACAGAGCAGAGGAAGACCUCCAGUUCGUCGAGGUCGGAGGUGGAGAAGGAAUCCAGAACUCGAUGAAUCUCAGUAUGAAACAGAUUAUACCACAGCUGUGGAAUCAGAUGACGACAGAGAUGUGGAGGAUUGGGAAAGUUUGUACCCACCAAUUACUUCAGACGCACAGCGGCAGGAAUACAAGCGCGAGUUUGACUCUGAUUUGCGGCGUUACAAACGCAUGUGUGCCGAGAUGGAUGACAUCAACAACCAGCUGCAGCAGCUCAGCAAACAGCUGGAUGGACUAGCUGAGGGCAGUGUCCAAUACCAGGGUGUAGCUGAGGAGUACAACAGACUGAAGGAUCUGAAGAGAAACCCUGACUAUCAAACCAAGAAGACUGAAACAAAACAACUGAGGAACAAACUGUUUCACAUCAAGAAAAUUGUGAAUUACUAUGACAAAGCGCGGGACUGAUGUGACUCAAAUCAAGGCAAUGCUAAUGAUGGCCACAAGAGGGACACAAGUAUUAUAGGAUGGAAAUCAAUAACAUUUACUAAGCAUUCAAGAGGACCAAAACACAAUGUUUAGUAUUUUUCUUCCCCUCAUAUCUAAUCAAUCUGUAAAUAUGCUUAAUUUAGACUAAUUCUUCUAACAUCGAGAGGUUAAUAUUAGGGAGACAGGAUUGUUGUUUGAAUGUGGGAUAUAUAUAUAUAUAU